UGCCUCUUUGUCCAACUAAGCAGAAUUAAAUUGAUGGCAGAUUGGGUGGGGUGCACAGAAACUCUUCAAUAGUCAUUUGUAGUAAGUCAGGCAUGGAAUGAUACAGCAGAUCUAUCAACUGAAACUAAGCAGUAUCAUGAGCCCGCAGUGCUUUACCCUAUCAUGGGAUGAUAGAAUCUUAUUGAAGGAACCUGAACGUUAGACACGAAUCUUGCGAAUGUGACCGCACAUCUUCGAGGAACCUGAAAGAAGCAGCUGGCUUAACCUUUUCUUACCCCUAACCAAUUUUAAGAGGGAAACAAGAAGUUGAGAAAGUUUUGAACAAAUACAGACAGUGGAAUAGCGGAAAGGAGGAAAGAUAGAAGCCCUGUUGCUCUUGCUUCCUCCGGCUGAUCUGCUUUCAGUUCAUUCAAAUUUCAUCGAGGAUAGUGGAGCGGCUGGAAAAUGAAAACGGAGAAAGAUCUGAGUAAAAUCAUGGACUUGAGCUUUCUGUCUGAGGACGAACAGUUCGCUCUUCAGAAAGUCGUUCAAAGAGAUGCCGCUCUGCGAAAGCUUGAAGAAAAUCGCAUCAGGAAACUGAAGGGAACCAGUUUUGAUGCAACCAAGUUGAAGGUGAUGACGGGUGAAUGGUUUGCUGAAGUUAAAUCAAAGCGCUUUGGAGACAUUUCCAGUGGAAUAGACAUGCUGAAGAAUUCAUUUAACAAAAAAAAGAAGAUACCAGUGGUUCAGGAUGUUGCAGUGAAGGCAUCAAACAAUGCAAAUGUGUUUCUCAGCCCAAGCCCUCGAUAUCAAGAUAUUUCUUCAGAGCCUGAAGCCUUCAAGUCAGAUAAAAGGCUGUUAGAAGAAGCAGAAUCCAAACCACAGGCAAAUGCGACGAUGUCUCAAUCUCAGCUUCAGGCAACAGUAAACAGAUAUAAACCGAAAGAUGAAGCAAGGACAUGGAAAGAAGAUGACAUCAAACCAUACAUGAAAGGACAUACUGAGGAUCAUGAGGAUCAUGAUGAAUCUACAUCUCCAAGCAAUGAGAUACUUCUGUCCAACAUGGACUCAUCCAUUACAGCAGUAGAUGUACCAAUAUCUGAAAUAAAUCCAUAUUCUGAUUACACUAUUAGUCAACAAUUACAAUUGGCCGAACAAGAAAAGUUCAGGACACCAGGGGAGGAUCUAAUUUGGCAGAGUCCUCGAAAAAUUCCCACCGAUCUAGACAUACAAACAGAUUGUGACCAACCUGGAUUUUCCCCAGUGGAGACCAAACCAUCUAGAAGGCCAGAUAUUUCUGAACACGUCCGUUAUUUUAAGCACAGUCCGAUAGCUGCACUUGACAGUCAUGAUCCAGGGGUGCUUCACAGCGAUGCAGAAACUACACAAGAACCCACAGAGAACAAUGACCAUAUUAAGGGACUAUCUGUGUCAAGUGCAGAAAUACCCUCCAAUUCAAAGGAAAACAACAACAUGUUUAACGCUGAUGAGAGGUGGAAGAACCUAUCUUCAAGAAAUUCAUCAACAUUGCUGUCAGAAAUUCUGCAGGGUGCUAAAAAGCCACAAAAAGAUGGUGCUGAAAGUGCCAUAAAAUCAAACAUAGCAGCAGUGCAAAAUCCAGUUAAUGAAAGUAUCGUGAGCGAAUCAUCUGACAUAGAUAGUUUGUUUUCUUCAAGACCUUCAGAUUUAAAAUCAUUUGCAGCCAAUACAAAGCUCAACCAAUCAAAGGGAAAAGGUCAACAGAUACACAAUAUCUUGGACCAAAGUUCUGAGCCAGAUAGACCUCUAAGUUUAAUGAACAACACAUCUAGCCAUAUCAAGAAGCCAGGAGAAUAUAACAAUGACAUACCAAAUCUUACAUUAGGAAGAGGAGAGAAUGAGCAUUCAAAAAGAAAAGGCAUUUUAAAGCGCAGUCCAAGUACUAGCUCCACUGAGUCAGAAAACCUAUCCAAAUGGACCCUAAUUCGGUCCACAGAAGACAUAGCAGUGCCACCACAAGCUGAGGAUUCUGAUGGCAACACAAGGUUGGAGAUGGGUGGCAAACAAGUGAGGUUCUCUGCUACAAUGAAAAACAAGCCUCCGGCAAAUAUGGUUGAAAGGCAGAAAGCUGACGAAGCAUUGAAAAUGGGUACAAAAAAAGCCAUGUCACAGCAAGAAGACAGUAAUGCCAGCAAAUUCUUCUCAUUGUCUUCAGCUCCAGCUCAAAGAUAUGAAAACGAACCAGAGGUAGAUCAGUUUUUGACUGACAAAAGAACAACUGAACAGGACCAUUUCCCAUCACUGAGUUGGAGAGAAAACUCAGAGGCGCCACAGAGAAACUCCCACGUGCCUAGUAACGAUUCUUCAGACUUCAGUGUCAAAACAAAUAAACCCUCCUCACUAUCAACUCCCAGUGAAGUCUCAGUUUCUACUUUGCCAUCAAAUGAUCCACAAAAUGAAGAAUAUGAUUAUUUUGAUGAUUUAACAUCUGAAUCUAGCUUUGGGUCAGACAUCCUGAAGCAGACAGAUGUGUAUGUUGGUUCAAAUCUGCAAUCUUGCAAGCUGAGUGGCAGUUUGCAGAGCCUAUACAGUGAUGCUGGAGAUUUUGGAGAUAUUCCAAUUCAGGGAGCUGUACAAUUUAAAUUGCACUAUGAAGAAGCAAAAAAAGAAUUCCAGAUCCAAGUCAUACAGUGUCGAGGGUUGGCUGUAGCUAACAUCAAAAAGUACACCUCCGAUCCGUAUGUAAAAACUUACCUCCUUCCUGACCGCUCACGACCAAGUAAACGCAAGUCAUCUGUAAAGAAAGCUACACUGAAUCCACAAUAUAAUGAAAUCCUGAAGUACAAAAUAAAGAAGCAAGAACUUCAGAAUCGAACACUGAAUCUCUCUGUGUGGCACAGUGAUACUCUUGGUCGAAAUAUGUUCCUUGGUGAAACAGAGGUGGAGAUGAGUAAUUGGGACUGGAGCGAUAAUACACCAAACUGGUACACCUUGCAGUCAAAGCCAUCCAAAUUACCUGAAGAAAACAUCAGUCAAGGAGAAAUCUGUGUGGCGCUCAAGUAUACUCCAGCAGAGUCAAUAGGUGGGAGCACACCACUCAAUGGGGAAGUUCAUAUAUGGCUGAAAAGAGCAACACAAUUACAGCCACUAAAGCCUGGUGGUGUAGACUCUUUUGUGAGAUGUUAUAUUUUACCAGAUACCAGUAAGAAGAGCAGGCAGAAGACCCGAGUUGUAAAGAAAACUCUUAAUCCAAUCUAUAACCAUACCAUGGUGUAUGAUGGAUUCAAGUUGGAUGAAAUAAUGGAGGCCUGUGCAGAACUAUCGAUUUGGGACCACGAAACCUUCACUAAUCAGUUUCUUGGGGGAGUUCGUCUUAAUCUAGGCACAGGGAAUAGCUAUGGCCAAAGUGUGGAUUGGAUGGACUCAAAUGAAGAGGAAGCUGCUCUCUGGAAGGACAUGAUAUCCAAACCUUGUCAGUGGGUGGAAGCAGUAUUGCCUCUCAGACCUACUAUGACAAAAAGAAAGUGAUGAGCUCUUUUUCAGUUACUGCUUCCUUUGACUUUAGGUGCUUAGAUAUAAAUUUAAUGAUUUGCUUCUGUCAAGAAAAAUAUGAUGUCUUCAUACAUUUUUUAUCAUUUAACAUCUAUUCUUUUUUUGAGGGGUGAUGGGUUAUAGAGACAAGCCAAAGUUUAAAAAAAUUGAACAAGACAAUAAUUAAGUGAACAGGAGCAUUUGGAAAUUGGUAAAGUAUUUGGUGACUACAGAAACUGGUAUACUUCUGAAGAACGAAAACAGAACAAAGCUAAACAUGAACAUUGAAGAACUAAAGAAAAAGAUAUGGGGAAUUUAAAAAGCAAAGAAAUGAAAAACAACUAGGAUAAAUCAUGUGGGAGGUUGCUAUUUUAAUGAAAGUAAGUGUUGUACUUAUCCCUAAAUUUCCAAGAAAAUGUCUUCAUUGCUAAAGCCUGUCUGUUAAUAAAAUGCCAAAUACAAUUUUGAAAAUUUUGAACGAACAUAUACCAUGUAGUUUUAGGCUAAUUAUAAUCAUUUAAGCAUUUUAUCCAAACUUUGCACCUUUUUGUUUAUCAAAAUAUUAUAAAUAUAGUAUUUACAAUUAA